AUGUCUCUUGUCCAGAUUCAGUCGUUACAACCAAACACGCCCAUACAUACACGCACGACCGCUACAGCUACUAUGAAUGUGAUGCUCUUCAUCUUGGUCGUCGCCACGGCGGUACUCUACCGGCUCAUUGUCUGGGUGACGCAUCCGCUGCGAAAGUUCCCAGGUCCUGUAUCUGCCUCCUUCAGUAAUGCGCUUUAUUCAUGGAACUUUAUGAGUGGGCGCCAGCCGUAUCGUCAGCUCGCCUUGCACGAAAAGUAUGGGCCUGUGGUUCGUGUUGCCCCUGAUGAGCUCAGCUUCAACACAGCUAGCUCUUGGAGGGACAUCUACGGUACUCGAAAGGGUGUCGACACGUUUGUCAAGAGUACAUUCUACGAUGGCGGCAACUUUGCCGCCGAAUCCCUCUCCAUUGUGAGCGAGCGCGACCCCAAGAGCCAUGCGGAGAUGCGCAAGUAUCUCAGCAGCGCCUUUUCCGAUCGGUCUAUGAAAUCGCAGGAGCCAAUCAUUGCUGAAUGUAUUGACCGCCUGGUGAAGAAGAUUGGAGAGACAGGUCAGGGCAAACAAGGUAUCAAUCUAACCAUGUGGUACCACCUAACUACCUUUGACAUCAUCGGCAGUCUAGCAUUCGGUCGGGACUUUGGGGGGAUCGCCUCUGGUAAAGAGCAUUUCUGGGUUACCAUUGUUACAAAGAGCCUGCGCCUCGGAGCGUUGGCCGAUUGUUUUCGGCGGUUCCCUCUCCCUGCUGUCAUCUUUCAAACUCUCUUCCGGGGCAUGAUCAACAAAUUACUCGUAGAGAAUCGUCUGCAUCAAAAGUACACCAUGGAUCUCGUCCAAGAUCGCUUGGCAAAACAAUCCGGUCGACCAGAUUUCUUGACGAAAAUCAUUGAAGCGCGAGCAGUGGCCAGCAUUUCCGACUCUCAAAUUGCGGCACACUCGUCUGAUUUUGUCAUUGCAGGAAGCGAAACCACGGCUACUGCUCUUUCUUGCAUGACUUAUUACCUACUCAAAAACCCUGAUAUGCACCAAAGGCUCCAGAAAGAAGUACGAUCCGCUUUCAAGUGCUAUGAAGAGAUUGAAAUGGCCUCCGUCGCGCCGCUACGAUACCUGAAGGCGGCUUCCCAGGAAGCGAUGCGCAUAUAUCCGCCCGUCCCUCUUGCACUACCCCGCCUAGUGCCCAAAGGAGGUGCAACUGUUGAUGGACAUUUUAUUCCGGGAGGUGUGACUGUGUCGACGAACCCGCUCGCCGCAAGUCUUUCUGCGUCGAACUUUACCGAUCCAUGGAAGUUCAAUCCCGACAGAUGGCUAGAGCCAAAUUCGGCCGAUGACCUCGAGGCCAGCCAGCCAUUCUCCUACGGAACCAGGGUCUGUAUAGGUAGAACCCUUGGUUGGAUGGAGUUGCAAACUACCAUGGCAAAGGUGAUUUACAAAUAUGAUCUGGAGCUGGCAGACCCAAGCUUGGACUGGCAAAGGGACGCCAGAAUGCACACGCUCUGGGAAAGUCCCGCUUUGAUGGUCAAAGUGCGCCCUGUCUGUGCGUGA